AUGUGCUCUGAGAUAACUGCUGCUAUCAAAGAGUUAAGGGGAGUAGUGCAGCCUUCAAUCCCUCUGCCAGGAAACCAAGUUUAUAAAUCAUUAUCUUAUGCAACAGCGGAUAUACCAUCAACAGCACUAACUGCCCAGUCAAUAAUAACAGCUGCACCACCAACAACAGCAGAAUCAUCAGCAACUGUACCAACAACAAGAGAAGAAUCGUCAGCAGCUGUACCAACAACAACAGCAGAAUCAUCAGCAGCACAAUCAUUAGCUGCUGAAUCUACAACAGGAGCAGAAACAACAGCAGCAGAUGAAGAACCAGCAGUGACAGAACCAGCAAUAGCAAGAAAACUAGAAGCAACAGCAGCCAACCAUCCUGCAGUUCUUGAUCACCUCAAGUACCAACAGCAAUGGAAUUUUCAAUAUCAUUACAAUCAAUGCCGCUAA